AUGGCGGAGUAUGCAGAGGAGGAGUUCGGCAGGAUUGUUCCGUCGGAGUUCGGGGGAGAUGCAGACAUGCAGGAUGAUAUCGAGACUCCUGAGAAUCACUAUGUGUCGGCACGUGAGGGAAAUAGCACCAACUCAUCGCAAGAAGCAUACUCGGAUGUGACAGGGUAUUGCGCAAGCUCCCAACCCAUGCCGAGCAUUGAGACACCGAACCAUAACAAUGCAUCUCCGAGAUACAUUAUCGCGAUCGAUUUUGGCACAACCUACUCAUCAGUCGCGUUCAUUCGCCUUGACCAUGACACGCUGCCAGAAAACAUUCGAGCUGAGUUCGUUGAGUGUAUCGACAGAUACCCUAACAUGCCCCCUGUCACGGAUGCCAAUCUUCUGGCCAAGUCAACAACAGUACCCACAGAGCUUCUGUACGAUAUUCUGGAGAGCAAAACGACUCCUGCAGCCAGAUCAAGCACAGAUUCAUCCGAUGUCGAGACCGGAUCGACCAUCUCUCUAGAUGAGUUCUGGGCAACGUCAUCCACCGUCAGCUUGGAAGAAGAGAUGGAUGCGAGUAUUGAUGUUGCAACCAAUUUCGAAGGAGGCCCACGUAGAAAACCUGCUGCGUGGGGAUGGGGCGUGUAUUCAAAACUGCUCAAGCCCGACAGCACCUCAGAAUGGUGCCACCUUACCAACUUCAAACUUCGUCUUGAUCCGGAUGGUGGCAGAUCAGCAGCGCUUCUCAGGGAGAGCGUUGCGGUUACGAAACCAUUGAAAGGGUUGGAUACAGAGGAAAUUAUCGCAACUUACCUGGAAAACCUGCUCAGACAUACCAAAUCCAAACUUGCAAGCGCAUACGGGUUCCACGAGCACAGCACUGUCGAGUUCGUCCUCUCCGUACCAGCCGCCUGGGAUUGGCGAGCCGGCGAGAUCAUGCAGAAAGCACUGGCCAGCGCCGUGAGAUCCUCGGGCAUUAUCAAGCUUGAAGAUAACCAGAGUCUCGAUUUGUUCCUGGUCGCUGAGCCAGAGGCCGCCCUUGCUUACGUCUUGGAUAAUGACAGGAGGGCGUCUCAAAUGGUACGAGAUGAGUCUCUGCUUAUCAUUGACGCCGGUGGAGGGACGGCAGACUUCACAGCUUGUACCCUCACUAGGACAAACCCACCACGUUACAAGGAAGCUGUGAGACCUGACGGCGUCUCGAAUGGGUCUUGCUUCUUGAACAGAAGGUUCCGUGACCUCUUGAGCAGCCGAUUCGAAAAUGCAACGAUCGUCGAUAAUGGGGUACCACUUGAGAGUAUCAUUGAGGCCAAAGUCAUCGAGUUCGAGACGCUGAAGAGGAACAUAGACGUACUGGACCAAGGCCUGACAUUCGAGGUCUAUGUACCUGGACUUCAGAAUGACAUGGUGGAAUCUCGAUCUCGUCCCAACUAUAUGUUCAUCAAACGGAGCGACCUGUACCGUUAUGUUUUCAGCGACUCCCUUCACGAUGUUGCAGGAAUGAUGAAAGACCAAUUGAAUGCGGCGCGGGAAAAAGGUGUCAACGUGCAAACAGUGGUCUUGAUCGGUGGUUUUGGACAAUCGCCGUCCCUGUACAAACAUCUUAAGAAAGUUCUCAACAGAGAAAGGAACUUGCUGGGCCGAGAAAUCGAGCUUCUUCGGCCGGAACUUGUUGAAUCUGCAGUGGCCCGAGGCGCUGUUCUCAGGGCUUUGAGAAAGCAGGAUGGACCAGAAAGAAUAUCUAGAUGGAGUUAUGGUUUGCUGUUGAAUCUCCCCUAUGACGAGAACAAUGCGUACCAUAGGCGAUCUCACACCUGGAGAGAUCCUGCCGAUGGUAGAAUAUGCAUCAAGGACACGAUACAUUGGGUCGUUGACAGGGAUACGCUUCUGGAUGCAAGGCAUGAGAUCCCAGUGCACGAAGCCACCCAUGUAUUCAAAGUGGAUGAGCCGAGACUGUUGUGCGAAGAGAAAUUGUAUGUCUCGGGCUUAAAGCACGCGUCAGGCUUCAAGGCCACACAUUCAGCGAAUCGUGGCAGCAAGCUCGCUGGCACCAUCAGGGCCGAUAUGACGGAGCUGAGGGAUAAGAAUAUCAUCCAACCGAAAAGCACGAAAAAUGACCAGGGUAGGGUGUUCACAUACUAUGAGAUUGUCUUCGACCUGUACAUCAUCAUCGAGGGCCGCAAGCUGCGCUUCGAGGCACGUUCAAGGCAGCAACAGAACAGAGUGGCGGCGUCCGGCGAGUUUUGCAUCGCUGCAGGGUUCGAGUUUGGAACAGCUUGA